AUGAAUGAACUUCUGGCAAUUAUCGUAAUUGUAAUCGUUUGUUGCUUGAUGUUUUUCGCAUGGCUUUUAUCGAUGGCUGUUUGUCCGGAUGCAAUGGUUAAUAUUAUGGCUGGAAGAAAGGAAAAAUAUAGUAGUUCGACUGAUUCGAAAGAACUUAUUGCAAGAUGUGAAGAGGCUAAUAUUAGUCAUGUAAGAGAAUUUCUAAUGCAUCUAUUCAUUUGCGAAAAAAACCGAAAAAAAUGUAUUUUUUUUACAAUAUUUUUCUAUUCACCAAAAUGCACGAAAUAAAUGUCAAUCGUGACGAGACCCACACACAUUUCAAGGAGAAAAACAUGCGAGAAAAAAAAAACAAGAAAUGAAAUUUUCGAAAGCAUGCAUUUUUCACACUCGUUGCCUUGAAAUGAGUGUGGGUCUCGUCACGAUUGCAUGUAUUUCGCGACAAUUUGUAAUUUUGGUGAAUAGAAAAAUAUUGUAAAAAAAUACAUUUUUUUUCGUGCUUUUUUGCAAAUGAAUAGAUGCAUAAAUUUUUUGAAUGAAAUCUGGAAUAAUCAAUUCAAAAUUUCCAGGAAUUCUUGAAAAACGUGGUUUCUGCCGAAAAAAUGCCACAACCUUUGUCGACAAGAAGAUCGAGUGAUAAGAAAUUGAGUGUUGUUCCAGAAGCUGAUGAACAGGUAACUUUAAUUUAUUGUAGAAAAAUCAGGCAAGGUCUACUCGAGAGAAAUAAUUUUUUUUUCGAGAAAAACGGUUUUGAAAAAUCGGGUGCAAAUUCUACAGUAACGCAAAGUUUUACGAAAAAAAGUAGAAAAGAAAAAUUAUUUUUAACAAAAUAGUAAUAUUAGAACUUAUUGUUAGUAAUUCAAACAUUAAUAAACAUAGAUUCAAAGAUAUUUUUCAGAAUUAGAAUUUUCAAAUUUUGUUUUUUUUUCAUUUAAUUUUUUCCAGUCAACAGUUCAAUCAACAAUUCACUCAAUUCGUCCAACAAUUCUUCGCAAUCCGUCAGUUCCAGUCAAACUCGAAGAAGAAGAUUCGACUGAAAUCGCUUGA